CGUCUGUUGUCCAGCUGUUGAGGAAAUGGCGGCCGCAGCGAUGGCAGGGGCUGUGGCGGAUCCUCCGCACGUUACGGAGGCCAAAAAGCUGGAGUAUUUCUCCUCCAUCAACUCCAUGGCCCGUAAGAUUAUGCAGGAGAGGGAGAAGAUAAAGGAGAGGUACGGUUCGGCUUGGGAUCAGAUGAGCCCGGUCGAACAAGACACGGCGAUAGACAACGGGAUGAUGGAUCCGCGGAUCCGGGCUCGGUAUGCCAUGCACCGGGUGGACCGAGAUGAGGUGAUCUGCUACCCGAAACUACUCAUCCAGACCGGACAGAAGACCGUACACUUCGGAGAAGAGGACUUAACUUGGCAAGAUGAGCACUCGGCUCCCUUCUCUUGGGAGACCAAGAGUCAGAUGGAAUUCAGCGUAAUCUCCGGUGCAACAGAACCGGCCGUUCCCUCCUCCGUGAACGAAUCCAAACCCAAGACCUCUCAGGGUACCAAGCUGCCCAGCAAUGAUGAGUCCUCCUUCUGGAAGAUCAGUGCUGAACGCUCUAGGCUAGAGGGCGAGAAGGCUGAAUUUCAUUCUCUGACUCCCAGCCAGAUCAAGUCUUUGGAAAAAGGCGAGAAGCCUUUGCCCUCGUACCUGAGGCCGGAGUCUGGGCCGAGGGAGUCAGAGGAAGCGCCCGCCCCACGGCCGGUUAAACAGAGAGCCUCCAAACCUCAUGCUCCUCCUCCGCCCAUUCCCAUCAGUGUGACCCCUGUGGCUAUUAGUGUGACCCCCACACCUCCUGCUCCUGUGUCCUCAUCAGAGGAAGGGUGGGAGAGGGCCCAGAGCACCCUUCCCUCUGUCAGCAGCACUAUGGAUGAUGUGUUCAGUCCUGGUCUGGUCACCAGGUCUUCCUCUCAAUCCAACAGCACAGUCAAAGAUGCCGACAGGGCAGAUGCCUCGCCGACCUCCAGUCCUACAUUCUCACAGUUCAACACAAGCAGUAGUAUCCUGAAGACUGGAUUUGAUUUCUUGGAUAACUGGUAACACCCGAAGAACCCAUUCCAGAUCAUAGGACCUACAAGCACCACAAACACUACAGAACACUUUCCUUUUAAAUCCAUAUGCUUUAGUAGUUUAUUUAUAGUGCAUCAAUAUCUCUAUGAUUGUAUUCAAAUCUUCAUCUGUCUGACCUCAUCUCACUAGUUAGAAGUUACUGAAUGCAUGAGCUAUGAUACAUUGGGAAGGAUUUCAAACAGAGCAUAUGUCUGUCCUUGUUUCUUAUGUCGGUUUCACACUUGGUAUAUUUGCUUGAGUCAGAACCCAUUGUCCCUACUUCCCUGUUGGUUUGCUUUUCCGUUGUUAUGUUGUUCUGAACUGUGGUACGUUUGCACAAUUUUUCACCAAAAGCUGUUUAUCAUUGCAGCCAGGCAACAAAGCUUGAAAUCUUAAAGUUGCAGAACAAUGUUUUGAUUUUGUUUGCCGUUACUACCAACCUGAGUACCAGCCCACGUCUGGAUUGCAUUAACAUUAACCAAGAACUGUGGUUCACAUCACACCAAAUCACACCCCUUUUUAGACUCGAGUUUAUUUCCUUUGUGUGCAGUUUCAGAAGAUGCAUUAAUGAAAUAAGCCAAUUUAGAUCCACACUAAAACCACUAGUGUGAAUGCCACGUCACCGUCACUGCCAUAAUUUUUUAUCUAUAUAUUUAUCUAGACCUCGAUACUAGUGUUAAGAUGCUUCACUGUACAUUUAUUGAUAAGGACCUAUAUGAGACACCGUAGCGCUAGCAUGGUUUUGAGAUGACUUGCGCCUUGCUUGUUUUGUAGACUUUUUAUACGCGUGCUGCUUUCAUUGUAUGCUUUGAAGUGAAGCUUUUUCUUCAUUCUCCUAAAUGUUUUCUUUCUAUCUUUUUCCUGUAGCCCAGUACACCAGAGAUGACUUAAUAACUUAAAGCAAUAUUUACAAUCUCCAAUCUUUGUUAGGCCUGAAACAUACUCCACACAAGUACGCAAAUGUAGAGGCAACAUUUAACGUGCAUCAUUGUUACUAACUCCAGUACUCAAGGGGGCGAUAGUGUUACCUUCUGCACCAUUAAAACUGAAUGUGCUAAUAUUCAGGUAGCUAGCUAAAAACAUGUCGACAGUUGAAUAACUUGCAUUUGAUGAUUUCAAAACACUUGGUUUUCAAAUGCAAUUACUUCGAGAUAUAAUAAGCGUUUGCGUUCACAUACUUGCCUGUUGUAUGAUUCAGGGCUUAAUUCACUAGGUUUUUAAGAGUAGGAAUAAUUUUUGGAGCUUUGUUGCGAGAAGAUUUUUCUUGAAUACGAAAUGUGUGGCCUGGAGCCAGUGUUUAUGCAUUCACAUAUCUGUAAAGCAAGAAAACUACAAUAAAAGGACACUUAACUCA